UUUGUUUUAGGUUAUUGUCCUGCUGAAAGGUGAAUUUAUCUCCCAGUGUCUGUUGGAAAGCAGACUGAACCAGGUUUUCCACUAGAAUUGUGCCUGUGCUUAGCCCUAUUCCAUUUAGUUUUAUCCUUAAAAAACUCCCUAGUCCUUGCCGAUGACAAGCAUACCCAUAACAUGAUGCAGUGGUAGUCAGUGAUGUUUUGUGUUGGAUUUGCCCUAAACAUAACGCUUUGUAUUCAGGACAUAAAGUUAAUUUCUAUGCCACAUUUAUUGCAGUUUAACUUUAGUGCCUUAUUGCAAACAGGAUGCAUGUUUUGGAAUAUUUUUAUUCUGUACAGGCUUCCUUUUCAUCCUGUCAUUUAGGUUAGUAUUUUGGAGUAACUAUAAUGUUGUUGAUCCAUCCUCAGUUUUCUCCUAUCACAGCCAUUAAACUCUGUAACUGUUUUAAAGUGACCACUGGCCUCAUGGUGAAAUCCCUGAGAGAUUUCCUUCCUUUCGAAAAAAAUUAUUCAACGUUGACAUUAUGGGCUGUUGUGUGUGUUGGCCAGUGACACAAUCUCAAUUUAUUCCAUUUUAAAUUCAGGCUAUAAAACAACAAAAUGUGGAAAAAGUCAAAGGGUUUGAAUACUUUCUUAAGGCAUUGCAUAUAUUUUUUGUUGACUUGUUUCAGAGUACAUAGAGCUACAGGUACUGCACGUUUCAUAAUGUGAACGUGAUUUCAUGGCCUUACUAUUGACGCUUCUUUUGAUUGUUUCCCUUCUUAUAGCAAUUUGUGUCUAAAAAUGCAUUGCCCACACAGCAUCUACUCGUGAAGGAAACGGAAAUGUCUUUCUCCACGAGCCAGUACACAUCAUCAGUGCAUCAAUCGACAACGGUCACCCACACCUCCAGUCAAAGCUGGAGCAACUGCCACAGCGAGAGUGCCUCAUCUCACAGCUGCUCUGUCUUGGUGAUGUCAUCAAUGGAGAACAGCCGGCACGCCACGCCCAUCCACCGGGGUCGUUUGGACGCCACGGGCGGCGCCAGAGACCUGAGUGUCUACCUAAAGAACACCCGAGACACGCCAGACUCCUCCAGGGACUCGCUGUUCAGAGACAGGUAUGCAUCAGCAAUGACCACCUCAACGCGCCUGUCUCCUGUGGAGUUGCUCUCUCCCGUGACCCCGGCCUCCCCUCCUUCUGAGAUCUCGGCCCCACUGUCCAGCCUGGCCACCUCAGUCCCCUCGGUGGCAGUCAGCCCCACUGGCGAAGAGGAGGACCCCCUGCUGUUCACCACCACGCUGUGGCCCCGUGACAAGCCGCCGCGCCCCGACCACCACCACAGCCAGUCCAAAAGGAACUGUGCCCACUACAACUAUGGCCAUAAGGCCCACAGCCCCCCGCCCAGCCCGCUGAGGAUGGUCGAGAACGACAACUACGAGACAACGCAGGAGUACGAGGCGGUCGCCGCCACGGUUGUGGUACCAACCGUUCCCCCGCAAAGCCUCCCUAAAAAACUCACAAACAACAACAAUGGCCGCUGUGCCAAUAGCACAAAGCCCAAUGGCCACAUGGCGGGCCACAAAACGGAGUCCAACGACCGAGUCAGCAGUACGGCGAGGAGCAGCUCGGAGAGCGACACGGAGGAGGACUGUUGCGUGGGAGAGGACACGCCCUUCCUGAGUUUACAGGAUUACAUGGCUGCAGGUGUGGAGCCACUCACAGACAGCUGCAGAACUUACCCAGCACUCCGACUCUCCCCACAGGAUGACCUGCAAGCCAGGUUAUCCAGCAUCAUCGCCAACCAAGAUCCAAUUGCUGUAUAAUGUCAAAAAUGUAAAUAUUGCUUAGAAAAAUACUUAAAAUACUUCAAAAAUAAAUAAUAGUCACUACUAAACUUUUAUUUUCUAUAAAUUAAAUAUUUGCAAAAAAAAAGAAAGAAAGACAACGUUUAUUUUAGCAAAGUAGUGAAUAAAGUAUUUUAUAAAUAAAUAGAAAUGUGUACAAACAUGCUCAUGUCAUGAAAGAAAGUGCCAUAUACACUACUAUAUACCAAUGGUUCAGAGUAUUUCAAUGGAGAAAAAUAUUAAUGGUGCCUUUAAUUUCCAUUUGAUGUGCUUAAGGGAACUGCAUCAUGACUCUGGUCCAUAUAUUCAUAAUUUUCUUCUCGCUGUUGGCGUUUCUACCUGACCCUUAAAACAAAAGAAUCCACCAGCACUAUGGAUUACCUAUAUACCUGUAUGAACUACUCACUGUAAGCUCAAUACAAUGGUAUUCUACUGAAUCUGCGAUAUUGCUUAUGUGUUCAAGUGCAUGUCAUUUCUCCCCAUUUACAUGAAUGCAGUCAUAGUCUACUUACAGAGGUGCAUACAACAAAGUAUUUAGUGUUCACCUAACACAGCACCAACAUUUUAUACACUAUUUCAAGAUUUCCAUACUCACUUUUGGUUGACUCAAAUGGUAAAAUAAAAUGUAUUAUUUAGUA